CGCGCGCGCUGGCUGGUUCGGUGCAUUCACUCGACAGCACGGUCAGCGUCACGAAGUAAACAAGUUUUUCUUUUGAGGCUACGUAAGCAACUUUACGGAAAAGAAAUCCAUAUUUGAGUAAUAACUGGAAAAAAUUGUGUAAAACAGUGUUCCGAAAUACAAUACCAGUCGUCCUAACUGAAUUAUAAGUCAGAAUAUUAAAUAGAGCAAGUGCGAAGGUUAAGUUUCAUCAUAAUGGACGCAACGAUGGAGAAUAAAAUGGGUCUACCACCACCAUACGAACAAAUGCCGCCGAAUCCAGCACCACCCCCUUCAUAUUUCGGGAAUAACCCUCCACAGCCCGUUGCCCCUCCACGUACAGUCGUCGUAACUCCCGGAACAGAGAACAGACCGGCAUCCAACGUUCCCACAAAACUGGGCCCCGGUCCCACUGGCACUUCAUGUCCCACUUGUAACAAAUCCAUAGUAACAAGAGUCGAUUAUGUGCCAAACAAUCGAACACACAUAGUGUCUGCUGCGCUGUGUGUUCUAGCUGGAUGUUGUUGCGGCUGCUUCGUUCCAUACUGUAUGAAAUCGUGCAAAACUGCAAAUCACUAUUGUCCACAGUGUAAAGCUUUCAUAGGUUCCUAUCUUCCCUCUUAAUUAAUAAAUACUUAUUAAAAUAUACAUAUAAUGUGUUUAGAGAUAUCCGUCUUAGAAUGGAAGAGAUAAAUAGAUUUUAUCUAUAAUUUGGUUUUAAAAACGAUUAGAUUCUCACUGGUUUGAAAUAAAUUAUCGAUUUCAUAAAAAAAUACAAAAUUACAGAGGUUGUGGAGCAAAUUAUAUUGUUUAAUUAGACUAGACUAAUACGAAAUAUUUUUAAGCUGUUAGGACAUUGAGGUAUGUAGAUGUAAAUUUAAAUAAUUUUUCAAAAUGUUUGCACUCUGUCUGCCACUUUUUUAAUUUUAUAAUACAUUUUAAAAGUAAAACAUUUUAGGAAUGGCCUAUAUACGGUAUGCUCGACGUUACUCCUCGGAAGAAUUAAAUACUUAUUUUGUGUCUAUUACGUUAUUUAAACUGUGCUUAUAGUUAUACAAAUUAACUGAAAAUCCUACAGGGUCCAACAUAGACUUAGUACGAUGACAUGAAUUUUCACAAAAAAAAAA